UAAUCCGUCGCUCGUCCGUUUUUUCCCCGUCGCUUAAAACCCUCCAUUUGCAGCUCUGACGGACAUUAGUAAACCAAAAAACCCAUCGUUUCCGAGAAAAUAUUUCCAAAAGAGAAAAAAAAAUGGAGUUAUGCCCUUUAAUUAAAAACAUCCUUCUUUUGGAUUCCGAAGGGAAACGUAUAGCUGUUAAGUAUUAUUCAGAUGACUGGCCAACCAAUGCUGCUAAGGAAGCCUUUGAGAAAUCUGUGUUCACCAAAACUCAGAAGACUAAUGCCCGUACCGAAGCUGAGAUAACAAUGUUUGAUGACUAUAUUGUUGUGUACAAGUUUGUCCAAGACCUUCACUUUUUUGUCACUGGAGGCGAAAAUGAAAAUGAGAUUAUCUUGGCCGCAGUACUUCAGGGUUUUAUUGACGCAGUUGGACUUCUCUUAAGAGGCAACGUGGACAAGAAGGAGGCUUUGGAGAACUUAGAUAUCAUUUUGUUAUGCAUUGAUGAGAUUGUUGAUGGCGGUAUCAUUCUUGAAACUGAUGCAAAUGUCAUUGCGGGGAAGGUUGCUAGUCAUAGUAUGGAUGCUGGAGCUCCUUUGUCUGAGCAGACGAUAACGCAAGCAUUGGCGACUGCGCGUGAACAUCUUACAAGAUCUCUCCUCAAAUGAUGAGUGCCUAGAAAAAGGAGAGGACAGAUACUAUAUAUUUGUAAGCAUACUACACCGGACGUGCUUAGCAUGAUUUUGUUUUUCUUUUGGUGCAGUGGAAAUGCUUAAUCUGAGCUUUGCUUU